CAUCAAGACAAAGUGACAAUACUCAUGGCUUCUACUUGUGUCUCAUCAAGCUUUAAACUCUUGUUUGUCUAUUCACUUUUAUUUUUUUCUCAAUAUUUCAUUGUCUCAUCAAAAGGUCAAGGUCUUCCUCCUAUAGUGAAAGGGCUUUCAUGGACAUUCUUUGAUUCAAGUUGUCCAAAAUUACAAUCAAUUGUUAGAAAGAGACUUGAGAAAGUUUUUAAGGAUGAUAUUGGUCAAGCUGCUGGCUUGCUUCGCCUUCAUUUCCAUGAUUGUUUUGUUCAGGGAUGUGAUGGAUCAGUAAUGCUAGAUGGAUCAGCAGGGGGUCCAAGUGAGAAGACUGCAAUACCAAAUCAGACACUAAGAAAAGAGUCAUUUAAGAUCAUUGAAGAUCUUAGAGAAAGAGUUCACAAGGAGUGUGGAAGAAUUGUUUCUUGCUCUGAUAUUGCUGCUCUUGCUGCUAGGGAUGCUGUUGUCUUGACUGGUGGACCAAAUUAUGUUGUACCUUUGGGAAGAAGAGAUGGACUUAACUUUGCAACAGAAACCGCAACCAUAGACAACCUCGUUGCACCAACCGCCAACACCACAACCCUCCUCACUCGUCUCGCAACUAAAGGGUUCGAUGCCACGGACGUGGUCGCGCUGUCCGGGGCCCACACCAUCGGUAUCAGCCACUGUGGUUCCUUCACGGAACGUCUCUACCCGAACCAAGACUCCACUAUGGACCAAACAUUUGCCAACAACCUCAAACGUAGUUGCCCUAAAGCUGACUCGAACAAUACAGUCAACAUAGACGUUCGCACUCCUAAUAUUUUCGACAACAAGUACUACGUUGAUCUAAUGAAUAGGCAAGGGCUUUUUACGUCCGAUCAAGAUUUGUUCACGGAUCAAAGAACUCGAGGGAUCGUUACGAGUUUUGGUACGGACCAAAAGGUUUUCUUUGACAAGUUUGUGAUAGCCAUGAUUAAAAUGGGACAAUUGAACGUGUCUACUGGUGGACAAGGUGAAAUUAGGGCUAAGUGUUCUGUGAGGAAUAAGAAAAAGUUGUUGGUUGAUGUUGUUGAAGGAUUGGAGAAAACAUUGGCUGCUGCAUUUUAAGUUUAACUUAACUUAUUGGGUGUACAAUAUAUAAUAAUUUGUUUAAUGUAAGUCUUUUGUUAACUAUAUGUGUUUGUUGUAAUAAUCAGAGGCCAAAUGUGGCAUGACUGUUGGCUUUCUAUGUUUUUUUUUUCCGUCAAGUAAAUCAUCGCACCUACGGUCCAACGUUGGAAGUGA